CCAAGUUCCACCUUAGAAGCCUGGCAAAUAAAACCUUUUCCACUUGCAAGUUGCACCUUAGAAGCCUGAAGGGCCAACAGCCUGGACUGGGAGAGGAGUGCUCAGACCUCACCUGCCAAGCCAUGGCCUCAGGUGUGUUGAGUGUCAGAAAAUAAGAACAAAGGGGCCAGUUCAUAGAGAUUGAGGAUUCUUAGAUGACAUGAACUGUAACACCAACAGAGCUCAAGUAUGUCAAGAAAUUGAAGUUCCAGGCCAUUCCUACUUCAGAGGGACUCCUUAGGCCAGAAGUGGUAACUGCUUCCUGCAUAUGCUAACUCCGUAGUAUUCUAAGAAUGAUUAAUAAGAGCCAAGAUAUGGAAACAAUCUAAGUGUUGCUCAAUGGACAGAUGGAUAAAGAAGAUGUGAAUCACACCAUGCCAAACUACAAACUCACUUAUUUUAAUAUGAGGGGGAGAGCAGAAAUUAUUCGUUAUAUAUUUGCAUAUUUGGACAUAAAGUAUGAAGACCACAGAAUAGAACAAUCUGAUUGGCCUGAAAUCAAGUCAACUCUUCCAUUUGGCAAAAUUCCCAUUUUGGAAGUCGAUGGAUUGAACCUUCACCAGAGCCUGGCGAUAGCAAGAUAUCUGACCAAAAAUACAGACUUGGCUGGAAAAACAGAAUUGCAGCAAUGUCAAGCUGAUGCAGUCGUGGACACAUUGGAUGAUUUCAUGUCUCGUUUUCCUUGGGCAGAGAAAAAACAAGAUAUAAAAGAUCAGCUGUUUAAGGAGCUACUUACAUGUGAUGCAUCUCAUCUACUGCAAGAUUUGGACACAUACUUGGGGGAAAAAGAGUGGUUUAUUGGUAACUCUGUAACUUGGGCAGAUUUCUACUGGGAAAUUUGCAGUACCACACUUUUGGUCCUUAAACCUGAUUUGUUGGACAACCAUCCCAGGCUGGUGACGUUACGUAAGAAAGUCCAAAGCAUUCCUGCCAUUGCCAACUGGAUAAUGCGAAGGCCCCAAACCAAACUCUAGGUGAUGCCUGCUGCCUCCAAACUUCGUUAUUCUUCACAGCAUCGCUCAUCAGAUACAUUUUUUACAAAAAUAAAACUUCCUCAAUGUUUCUAAUAUUUUACAGUGUACUGAAUAAUAGU